AUGUUGCGUGCGCCGGCAGCCGAAUCGAAUAAAGAUGUGAUUUUGGAGGUGUUGAGACGUUUUGCGACUCCAGGAAAGAAAGUAAGCGCUUCAUCUUGAAAAAUAGACGUUUUCUAUGAUUCCGUUUAUUGCAGGUCUUCGAAGUCGCCUCAGGAACCGGUCAACACGUCGUCUAUUUCGCUCAGGCCAUCCCGGAGGCCAUUUUUCAACCGACAGAAGUGGAUGGUCGCUCCUUACACAGCAUUGUGGCCCAUGUAGAUCAAUAUCGAGUCAGUAUUUAUUUUCAAAAUUGGCAAAGUUGUGUUCCAUGUAGUUUACCUGAACUUCGCAAGCAGUUACGGGCACAAAGUUCGUCCUUCAGACUGAAUACAAGCGGAUUCCUUCUUUUGCUUGAAUUACAAAAAUGCUCGGUUUUCUGCAUUUCAAGGCGGUAAUCACUGCAAGAAGACCAUUCGCUGACCUUACUCGCUCGCUGAAGGACGGACUAAGAUUUUCCCAUUUCAAUCACUCUCCAAAUUGACAAACGCAUAUCAGUUCCGAUUACUACUUAGUGUCAAUCUUUGUCUUGCCUUGUACACUUCCUGCGACAUUCAAUGCUCUUCGAUCUAUAACAGUGUUGAGCGGAAUUCCGUCUGCCGUCUUCCGUCUUCCGUGAGAAAAAUUUUCUUCCGUCUUCCGUUUUCCGUAUUCCGUAAAAAAAUUUCUUCCGUCUGCCGUCUGCCGUCUUCCGGAUUUCAAAAUUCCAUUUCCGCUCAACUCUGAUCUAUAACCGUUACAAGACAAAGAAUCGUCUAAAUAUGGUUUGCUUCUAUGCCCUUUUCCCUCUUCCCACGCGGUGGAACCUUACCGAAACGGACAAACAACUUUGGUUUUUUGACCAAAACUAUAAUCAUCGCUUUCGAAAAUGUUAUUUAGCACUCAAAAUGACUUUUUCUGAUUGGAAAUCUUGGUUUGGAUGUUUGAACUUGAACUGUUUCAGCUUGACAAUGUGCGCAUCCCUUUGUAUAUUGACGUGGCAAAGAAGUUCGAUCAAUGGGCACUGCCGGCAGAUUUCGGACCGAACAUGGUGAGGAGGAUGAAUGAAAAUGGAGCUGGAAUGAUUUCUUAUAGGUUGACAUUGUACUCAACAUCAAUAUGCUCCAUAUUUGUUCCACAGCGGCUGUCGAAGGACUGUUUGAAGUAAAUUUUUGCCAGUUUCCUGAAGUGUAAACUGAAACGAAGUGGAACCCGUUGCUUCGAUUAGAAGAUGUCGCGUUCCGAAGGAUUCACACCGCUAAAUUCCCUCCUAUAUAUGUAUUUUAAUGAGGGUUAGCUCGUCGUUUGAUUGCGCCCCUCGCUUUUUUGCUUUGUCGGCUUUUGCUGUGUGCCUCAGCUCCCGCGUGUCUUCUCCGCUGCUCUCAAAAAUGCAGCCGCCCCAAAAUUUCAGGCGCUCCGACAGCUAACCGCCCGUCUGAAAGUGUUUGUGAGCGCGAAUGUUUGAGCGGUGAGCAGUGUCCUCCGCCCAGUGAGCGAGAGGACGCCCGUCCGUCGUAUUUUUCAGCUGCACCGGUUCGAGAGUAACGGCAGAUGACGGAAAGCGAGUGUAAUGACCGAAAAGACCGACGGCCGCCGAUCACGCCUCUAGAACACAUACUUAUGUACAUGCACGCCGUCAGAAGACAAAUAGGAAGCGGGAUACGGAAGGAGAAGGAAAUCAUUAUCAAAGAUUAUUUGAGAGCGUGAACAGAAUCAGGAAUCUUGAUUGAAAGAUAUUAUCGGGAGUAUGGAGAUCCGGCCCGUCGGCCCGAUCGGCCUGGUCUUGAGAAAAAAUUUUUUUGCGAUUUUGUGCUUCCCUCGGGAUUUGACAGUUUUGAGGUCAGAAAACCACCAUCAUCAGUCAUAGGUAACAUAACGAUGUGACCUUGGGAAGGAAAUGUUUGGGUCUGAUUGGAAAAUUGUAAGAAGUCCAAAGUCCAAGCCCGGGCUAGCCAAUUGCCCAGCCAGGUACUGGGUUUGAAUUAAAAAAAAGAUUACAUCUCGGACCUAACAGUAAUUCUUCACACCAUCAGCAAUUAUCGAUUUUCAGUCGGCCGAUCAACUUCUUCACGAGACAAGCGGAGUGCUCAUAACCUAUGGCCGGUACAGCGAAGACGGCUUCAUCAGUCCCCAAUCUAACGUGGCUUUUCACGCGAUGCUCAGAAAUCAAGACGCCGAGCACGGGCUGAAAGAUAUCAAGUACUUGGAAAGGGUGAGUCGUUCUGCUUGGAUGGUUCCAGUGAAAUCAUGGCCGUGAUGUUGAUUUGUGAGCGAAAAAAGUUUAGAGACGACUGACUUCUGGAAAAGAAAACAUCUGCCCCCGUCUUCCACGACGGCUCUGUUUCUAUGAGUUGUAAGCUCAAGUCAGUCAGUCAGUCAUUCUUCUCGAAUUUUCGCUCCUUUCUUCUACAUUUUCCGACUACUCUUUUGAAAAGUGAAUUUUUUUCGUUCAUCCUAUCUCUGUAGAGUUGUGUCAUCUUUUCAUGCCCUAAUUUUGUGUACUUGCACAGUUUCCAAUGAUAGGAGUGCCAAAAAACCAAAUCAGCAACUCUAAUUAUGUCUGCUCCGUCAGCGUCAGGUCUCCUCGAAGGUAUCAAUUAUUAUUUUUCAGCUUGCAAUCCGUCAUAAACUCCGCCUUGCCGAGAAGAUUCCAGUACCACAGAAUAACUUCAUUCUUAUUUUUUCUCGCUGAAAAAAACUAGUUAUCAUUCACAGAGUACUCAUCAGUUCCCCAUAAUGCGCUGAAAAUAACCUUUCCCAUCAUACUUCCUCCCAAUUCUUUACGCUUUUUCUUGCCCCGUGCUAUUGUAGCUUUGUGACCAACCGUUUUCUGUGAUAGGGCUCCUCUCCUGUACUGUAUAACUUUGUUUUUUGAUAAGUGAACGCAUCUGAUUUCAGUCGAAAAUGAGUUCAUAUUGUGGAGAAGACGAGCAAUUGAUGAAUAGGUGGCAGUACGAGACGAUCAUGAUUGUCUUCUCCAUCGCGUGCACCUCAGGAGUGAUCAUAUCAUCAUUUGCUCUGCGCAACAUUCUGCACAGAUAUUGGCACACGAACAUCAAGGUACAUACGUUCUUCAAGUUGAGAUCAACUUAGACUGUGGGAUCUUACGGUGUUUCCCCGGAAUGCUACUGUCUACCCGACAUGUUAGCACAAAAAUAGACACGUGGGCAGUUCACGUUUGAAUUUUAUUGAUUGAACGGCGAAGCCUCUAACACAAAUCAAAUCAAUAUAAAAAGUUAAAAAUUAGCGGGAGAGAGCGUGAGAUAGUCAGAGAGAUCAACCGAAUUAGUGUUAGUUUCGAAUGCACUGGGGGAGGCUAAAAUGUCAAAAAAACACUGGGAGGAAGUAGUGAGCAUGCUCUUUUGGUGUGUUGAACUCAGAAAAAACAUUGCAAGCCCAAAGAGCUCUUGAGUUUUUCUAAAAACGUGUGCAGGUGACUGAAACAGCAAUGAGUUCAAAGCGAUCAAGUGAGUAUUCGGUCUAAUAGCCUUGCGUGACUCAGAUAUCAUUUGAUUCAGUCAUAAUGAAAGGUUCUGAAAGUACGACGAUGAUUUGCUCGAAACGUAGUGCACUUUUCAUAAUGAACUUCAAUGGGAUCAAUUAUCAGUAAAGCCUCAUUAAAAGAAAAGAGAACACGGACGGUAGUUUUCAGUUUUUAGCUGAUAACAAAACUAACAGUUUUUUCUAAUUUUAGGGUCUGCUCAUCGCCCACUUCUCCAACUCAUUGGUUCUGGCCUCAAUCUGCACUCUCGACUUCACUGGGUACCUCCUUCGACGUCACUUCUACACAAACGCGUGCGAUGUUCUUCUCUCUACCGGCGAAUGUAUCAUCGUGAGAUUGCCUUACCUGUAUGUUUCGAUAGGCGUCUCACACAUACGUUUUAAAAUGUUUCUAGCACUUGCUAUAUAUUUAAUUCUACAAACCACGUGGCCAUCUCCAUCGAACGUCUGAUUGCCACAAAAUGGGCAACAACUUACGAGAAGUGCAAAUCAUGUCUGGCAAUUUCUUUGUUGCUCGCUCAGGUAAUUUUUUUCAGCGCGCCACCUCAAUAAUGAUCAACUUUUUAGAUCCCAUUCGUCUUUGGAGCCGUCUGCUUUAUCCUUCUCGCCGAAGACCCCACCGAACUGGUCAUUCAUUGCCUCACCCUGUCGUCCACAAAAAUCGGCGAUCGUCUAUAUCUGGUCUACUACUGCCAGAUAUUCUCUGAGGUUUUAGUUGUGAUCCUGCAGACUUGGGUAUACAUUUUGAAUAAGAGAUUCAGGUAAUAAUUUCCUUAAAAAAACCACAAGUACUUGUUUUUGUUUCAGCCAGAAAGUUGUGCCUUUGUCCGGAAAGUACACUAUGCGAGAGAGUAUGCGAGUACUUGGAUACACUCGACUCUCGACCACGUGCAACGCUUUCCUGAUUGCCACUUACUGUGUGCUGGCAUCGGUCCUCAGAAUUGUUUCGUUAUCGACGAAUAAUUACGACUACCAACUUUACACGUUUUACAUUUUUGUGAGUGAACAUUUUGUAUCCGUCUUUUUCAAACCCUUCAUUAUUACAUUUAGUUCCCUCCAUUGUGCCCAAUCACCGAAUCGGCCACCUUCCUCAUCUUCGAAUAUUUCGCGAACUUGAAGCGCGAAAAGAAGACAGUCGACACUUCUUAUCAUUCAAGUUUCUUUGUCAAUCUAGAGAUGACGUGGAACAAAAGUUUCGAGGAGGCCAGGGACAGAGAGAAGAAGACGAACGAGAAAAAAUCAAAGAAAACUGCACCGGGUUGCUUCAGCCGCACCGAAUUUUUUCGUACAUGUAGAAGAUAAUUGACACAUAAAUUGCAUUUUGAGUUUAUGCCACCUUCUCUUCUCACCUUUAACAUUCCAAUUACCUCACCAUAACCUUUUGACUGCACUCUCUUUCUUUCCCAUUCAGAUCUCAGCUCUUUAAUAAAAAUCUCUUCGUCCACCGAGUUCAAAUUCCGUUUAUGUGACUAAUAUCGUCUUCAUUCGCCUCUAAUUCAAAAAGGAGCGUGACUUGUCCUCGGCUAAAAUCAUCUCUUCAACAAAACCUAGAAUGGAACUGGAGAAAAAGAGAAUAAAAAUGGACUCCAGUUUACCACUUUUUCCGGCCUGCGAAAAACUUUUAUGGAGUGAUAUUUCUUACAUUUCUGAUAAAACUUGUCGAACCGAAAAGCCUCAGAAACUAGGAACGCAAUGGAAAGACAAAACAAGCAACUGCGGAGGGCGAUUAACUCGAUGACCAAGAUUCCCAAACCAAAUUCACAAAAAAGGGGUGGCUCAGGUAUUACGGUGUGAAGGUCACAGGAUCGAGCUGUUUUUCAAUCGCACUUACUAGGUUUCACAUCCUUUCAUCCGUGCUUGAGCCGUCUCCCAGUCGUCCGCUUAUUAUCAUUACCAUUUACAUGUGCCGCCGGAGUCAUCACGUCCUUUGGUCACAUCUGGAAACCACAGAGAUCAUUCUCACACCGAGGCAAUUUUAUUUGCAAUCGGCGGGGCUCGAACCUGCGACCUUCAGAUUUGUAAGCGGAAGCUCAUCCACUACACCACCCUGGCCACGCGGCUCAAUCACCCAUAGGGUGUAUAUAUAAUGGCGACGGACGCCGUUGGACGCUGUGGUGUCGGUGAUAUCUCGAGAACGGAUGGAGCUAUCGAGAAGCAUCCAAGAGCAAAAAUGAUCAGAAAAAUGUGCUCCGUUCAUCUAAAUACAUAUCAACAAGAUUCAGAAGUCAUUUGAGGAUUCAGAUGACACCGAAAAAUAAAAAUGACGAAAAUAUGACUUUAUGUAUAUCAAAUGAAUGAGAAAAAUACGAAGAUUCAAACUAACGUUGGCAGUUUUGAAUUUUUUUGUCCUCUGCCCUCAAAUAACCGUUGGACGCUGUGGUGUCGGUGAUAUCUCGAGAACGGUUGGAGCUAUCGAGAAGCGUCCAAUAGCAAAAAUGAUCAGAAAAAUGUGCUCCGUUCAUCUAAAUACAUAGAUACAGCCGCCCACUGGGCGUAUAUAAAUGGCGCCGGGUGCAGGGUGGCGCGGAGUGGCGCGGGGUGGCGCGGGGUGGCGCGGGGUGGCGCGCUGCUCACGCAUUGCAGACUAAAUCUUCAGAACGAUCAGUUUGAACUACAGUGCCCGCCCUUUGAAAAACUAUGAAUGAAAAGAAAGUUGGCAUCCAGAGAUUGAGUUGCAUCAAUUGACUCUCCAGAUUCAAAAAGUAGAAUUGUCAUUACGCUCUUCUUUUUUUGUAGCGGCACUAAUUAGUGGACUCGCUUCGGCGGAUUGCCAUCGGUGCAAAUCGCAUGUUGCCCUGUUUACUUUUCUUCCAUUUUGCAACGUGUUUACAAAUUGGCUCCGCCAAAACUCUAUCUAACUUAUCUAACUAAUCACUACUUAUCCUUGAUUUUCUUUGAACUCUAUUUGAAUGGAAUUCUGCAAAUUUGAGCUGUCAAACGACCAAACCUCUCAAAACGUCAAAUUUUGUUACCUCCAACAUUGGGUCUUAUACCUGCUUUGACGUCCAAUUCCUCAUACAGCUCUAAAUCUCAUCGUCUAAUUUCAAUUGUACAAAACAGGCAGAUUUCUAGAAACGGCGCUCCAACGCAAUCUACGCAAAAAUCCGGCCGAUUUCUGGAAAUAACCGUAUUUCUUCUUUCACUUCUUUCUGAUUGAUCACACGUCUACGCAUCUGUUAUUAUUCAUCUUCAAUCAUAAAUCUGCUCAGGUUGGUCGCAGUCUCGUCUAGAUUGAAUGUAUGACAAAGGUAUAUUUCCUUCUGACGUAGAAAGAAUGACAGAGAUCUGUUUUGAAGAUCGAAUUUAUUUAAACAGAAACGAGAAGAUUAGAAGCGUCUAGAAUUUACAAUUUUUCAACUCUGCUUUUGCACAAAGAUCUUCUUUAAAGGUCGAGUCUUGAUAGCUUUAAUCUGUUUAAUUACACCUAAUCCUUUGUCACGUACAUCUACGACAAAAUUUCACGGGCAUUGACUCAUUUGAACCCUUACCACACUGUUUUCGAAUAUCUCCCAUUUUUCUGCGCUUUGAAAGUUAUUUUCCUCUGUUUUUCACCUUUCAAAACACCUUGAACGUCAUCGCGUUUUAUUGCGCCAGUCGAUCGCCAUUUUCUUCAAUAUACAAUCCACAAAUUCAAUCUGUCUGUGCGUAUAUGUAUUGUUAGGUAACGUGUUUUCAACUAGUGGAUUUCCGGUGUUUUGAAAAUACAAAGCAGAUGCUGAUGAGCAUCGUGACUUUUGUGCGGAAAAUGAACAUCUUAGGAAAGUAUGAACAUAAAGUAGUCACGGACCAAAUCUGGUCGACGGAGGUUUGACCACCGGCCCCGGCGGCCCGGGUUUUAUGCAAAAGUUUCAACCCUCACACCCUAGGAAACUAGACAAAUCAUUUGGUUUAGUUUUGGGCUCAAAAACUCUUUAUGACGUGAUGAAAGGUUAUCUUUAGAAAUCCGGAUAAGUGUCUCUAUUGUGAUCAUGUACAUUCCCUUGUUUGAGCCGGCCUACAUGUGAUUCACAACGUUAUUUUUGUCUUUUCUUUCCAUUUCCGCAUGACAAGGUGAUCCUAAUGAACCUUUUCGAAAAACGAUUCUUCGAAGUCUGCUUGAUCUUUAGAAGGGUUGGUUAAUGAACUUUUCAUAGUCAUUUCUCCACACCUGGAAAUUGAAUAUCGGUAUAGAUAAGUGAACAUUGUUAUUCUCCGACCAAAAUAGUUCCUUCCUCUGUUUUUCCUUAUUGCUUGUAUCCCCUUUUCUGUUAUUUCUAACCUCACGACCGCAACUACCAAAGCGACGCUGCUCUCGCGACAGCAGCUACCAAAUAAGCGCUGCUCUCGCGACAGCAGCUACCAAAUAAGCGCUGCUCUCACGACAGCAGCUACCAAAUGGGCGCUGCUCUCACGACAGCAACUACCAAAGCGACGCUGCUCUCGCGACAGCAGCUACCAAAUAAGCGCUGCUCUCGCGACAGCAGCUACCAAAUAAGCGCUGCUCUCGCGACAGCAGCUACCAAAUGGGCGCUGCUCUCACGACAGCAACUACCAAAUCGACGCUGCUCUCGCGACAGCAGCUAUUAUAGGGGCACCGGACAGAAAGGGCGCGAUGUUCGCAAUCUGGCCGAAUUUCUAGGCCGCGAAGUAAUUUUCCACUGAAAACGUGGCCUAACUUUUCAAACUCGGCCCCGAGGUCGCUCGAUUUGCACUGCAAAAAGAGUUUCUCAACAGAGCGCCAUUUCUGUGCGUUGCCCCUAUAAUACCAAAUAAGCGCUGCCCUCACGACAGCAGCUACCAAAUGGGCGCUGCUCUCGCGACAGCAGCUAGCGAUGUCAGUUCAAAAUCAGCCAUUGUGCUAAUGUGUAAUUGCACGUUUAACAUACAUAUAUGUGUGUUCAGAUGAGCUCAACAUGUCAAGACGAGAGAGAUUUGGCGUACCAUCCUGCGUUCCAGGUCAUGACUCUUCUGUGCCUGGGAUCGUGUUUGGCAUCCUACAUUUUCAUGGCAGUUUUCUUUAAGAAAUAUGCUUUCCGAGUUUUUUGGCACUUAAACAUCAAAGUAAGUUUAGGAAAUAGGAAAAUGAGUUUUUGGCUGAAAAUAUCAAUAAUCUGUUCCAGAUCCUGUUCUAUUUUAACAUGCUCAUUUCUUUCUUCUUAGCAACUUCAGUUAUUGUCAACUUUUCCGGAAUGUGGCACAGAAUUCUAACAGCAACUACAAAUUGUGAAGUCGUCGUGCAGCUGGAAGAAUGUCAAUUGAUCAGAUGGGUGUUUCUGUAAGUUUGAAGCCACCUCAAAACGUGUUCAUAUGAUAUUUCAGAGUUUCAUUCUGUCUGAUCACCCUGAAUCACACGGCAAUUGUGAUCGAGAGACUUUGGGCGACAGUCCGACUCUCCAAAUACGAAAAGUCCAGCGGUGCUUUGGGCAUACUGUUAGUUGCAAUCAUUGUAAGUAGUUUUUCAUUUGCAAAACAUCAGCAUUACCUCACUAUUUUCAGACAGCCUUGUCAUUGCUUAUUGUGCAUCUCAUAAUGAUCCCCGAGGACAGCACAGAGUACGUCCCAACAUGUCUGUCCCUUUCGGCAUCUAAAAUCGGAGAGAAUAUCUACUAUCUGUUCACGUUUCAAUGUUUCACGGAGGUCCUCGUGCUCUCGGCUCACAAAACGUUGCUUUGGUUCAACAGAAAACGGUUUUCAACACCUCCUCUUUCAGUUUGA